AUGGCGGGCGUCAGGGCCGCGCUCACGGCCAUGCUACAGCACCUGCCGUCCGCCACGCGCAUCGCCAUCAUCACCUUCGGCGCGGCCCUCUCGCUCUUCGACCUCUCGCCCUCCGCCUCGCCGCUGCUCGCCUCCGCCGACUGCUUCCCCGCCACGCACGCGCUGCCCCCCGCCACGCUGGCCGCGCUGCUGCUGGGGCGCGCGCAGCACCUCGCGCCCAUCGCGGCCUGCCUGCCCUCCGCGCAGGCCGUCAUCGCCUCGCUGCGCCCCUGCCGCGCCGCCACGCCCCCCCUCGCCCGCGCGCGCGCCCUGGGCCCCGCCGUGGAGCUCGCGCUGGCGCUGCUGCGCGGCCCCGCGCCCGCCCUGCCGCGCGCCCACCAGCGCCGCUGGAGCGGGGCGGCGCGCGUGGUGGUGCUGUGCGGGGGGCCCGCCACAGUGGGCGCGGGGGCGGUGGCGGAGGGCAUAGAGGGCGUGGGGGAGGGCGAGCAGCGGCAGCGCGAGCAGGCAGCGCGGCGGCACUACGAGGCGCUGGGCAGGGAGGCGCGGCGCAUGGGCGCCGUGGUGGACGUGUUCUCGGGGGGGGCGCUGCUCGUGCGCGUGCCCGCUCUGCUGCCCCUGGCGGCGCUGUCCGGGGGCGCAUUGGUGCCGCUGGACGAGUUCAGCCCCGCCGCGUUCCCCCCCCUGCUGCUGCGCGCCCUCUCCCGCAUCGUGGGCGCUGAAGGGUCGCUGGAGGUGCGCUGCUCGCCCGAGGUGGCCGUGACGCGCGUGAUCGGCCCUGCAGAGGCGGAGGAGGGCGGGGGGCGCAGGGGGGCGGGCGGGGAGGAGGGGUUCCCCGAGGACAGUGCGACGGCGGUGGCGCUGCUGAGUGUGGACGAGGAGGCGGCGGUGGCGGUGAGCAUGGAGCUCACAGACGACCUCACCCGCCACCACGUGUUCUUCCAGUUCCUCUGCCGCUUCCGCCUCCUCAACCAUGACCUGGUGACGCGGGUGGUGACGGUGCGUCUGCCAGUGACGCCAUCGCUAACAGCGUACCUGGCGUCGGUGCACGAGCCCACGGCAGCGCUGCUCAUCGCCAAGCGCACCGUGCUGGCGGCGCCCACAGCACGCGAGGCGGGGGAGAUGCGCGCGUGGGUGGACGCCCGUGCGCGUGACCUCGCGCUCAAGCUGGGCGGCGUGGCGCAGCACAACCGCUCGCUGCUGCAGUUCCCCCACCAGCUGCCCCGGGUGGCGGAGGCGCUGUACGAGGUGAGGCGCAGCCCCGUGUUGGGGCGCCACGUGGCCAGCGAGUGGGAGCGCCAGGCGCUGCGCGCUCUGCUGCUGCGCGCAGGGGGGGAGGCGGCGCUGCGCAUGGUGCUGCCCUCGCUGCUCAUGUUCCGCGCCGGCCACGCCACCCAGUUCGUUGAAGUGCCGCCCUCUGACCUGGCGCUGACAUCAGAUGCCGCCCUGGUGCUGGACCACGGCACCGACAUGCUCAUCUGGCUCGGCGCCCACCUGGCGCCGGAUGAGCCCACGAGGCGCGGAGUGGAGGCGGCGUGUCGCCAGCUGGCAGCGCAGCUCAUGGGCGGGCCGGGCGGCAGAGGCAGGUUCCCGGCGCCGCGCGUACUGUGCUUCACUGAGGGCACGGCGGAAGCGGCCUUCAUGACGGCGCGCCUCACGCCCACACACAAGGACCCGCUCGCUGUUCAGGAGUUGUUGUUCCCACCGCUGCGGGAGAUGCAGGAGGAGGAGCGAGCAGCGGUGCGUGCCAAGCUGCCGCCCACCCCCGAGCCCGGCUUCACCGACUGGCUGCGCUCGCUGCGCCUCGCGCCCCCCCAACCCCCCCUCGCUGCCCCCUCCUGA